AUGAAUAACGAUAAUGAUGAGAUUAUGCGAAGAUUUCAAGCUUUGCGAGGAGUACAGCAACAUGUUCCAUCUGAUAUUUCUACUUUACCAAUACCAGUGCUAACACAUGAACAACAGCAACGAUCACUCUCACAACCUAUACAACAACGGCUACCACUUUUAAAACCUGAACAACAACAACAACAACAACAACAACAACGACGGCCACCAUUUUCACAACCUGAACAACGACAUCAGCAGCAGCAUCAGAAAGAACAACAACAGCAGAAACCAAAAAAGAAAACAUCUCGAGGCAAUCGUAAACUGCAACGAUUCAGAGCAAAACUUCGUAAACGAGGAUUAAGUCAUGAAACAAUUGCAACAUUAAUCAAUGAUUAUAAUACUAGUGAACAAGGAAAUAAUGAUGAACAAUCGACUGUUUCUAAUAUGGAUGUAGAACAACUUAUAUCUACACGUGAUCAUGUGGAAAAUGAAAAUAUUCAACGUACCACAACGACAAGUAAACGUAAACGAGAAAUAAGACCAACAACAGGUGUCACAACAUCAAUGAGUCAAAUGUCACUUUCUAAUCUUCCAACAAAACGACAACGUUCAACUACGACAAAAAACAAUGUUAUAAGCAAGAAGAAAACUGACAACAAUCCAACAGUAUCAGAUAAUAAACCUAAAUAUUUAAAAGUAUCUGAUCAAGUAUUUAAAGAUAUGUUAUCAAGAGCAUUGGUAGGAGAACAGAAUAUCAUUGAAUUAUUACUAGAUACACCAGAAAAAUUACAAUUCGUCCGUACAUAUGCUCAUUUACUUAAUAAUGUCUUUUAUCUCAAAUUAGAAGAAAACUUUUGGGAACAUUAUAAUACUGUAUGUAUGUCUGAAGGUAUUUGGUCUGUACCUAUGAUAAAAGAUAUGGCUAAACACAAUAAUCUUUGUCGAUUUAAAUUUAAAACAAAAAUUCAACUCGGACGACAUUAUGCACUGAUUGUUAAACGAUUACGGGAAGCAGAAAAUAAACUGGAUCAACAUAAGCAACAGCCAAGGAAUAGAUCCUUUGAUAUGAAUAAAUUAUCAGUAAUUCUUACUGCUUUUGUUCGUCAAGGUCAACAUAAACUAUCGAAAGAAUUUGAACGAAAAAAAUUAAUAGUACAAUAUGAUGCUAAUGAUCAUCGUUUUGUUAAAGCAUUUUAUCAUUUAAAACCAACUGAAAAUCAGAUUCGUUCUGCUAAAAUUAUUUGGCAAGCUGUAAAAGAUAAACUACAAGCUGAACAAGAUGUCGCCAUUCUUAAACAACGUAUCUAUGCUAAACGAUUACCUUCAUCUUUUAGUAUUCUUGAUCAUUCUAUUGAUCAAAUAGAAAAUAUGCUAAAACAACCAGCAAUCAAUCAAGAUAAACGUGCAACAUUAUCAUUUCGUCGACUUAAAACAAUUGCACAAUUUAAAUAUGAUAUGAUGGUAUUAACUAUUAGUACAGCUGAAGAGACAGUUCGAAGUCAUACGAAUAUCAUUGCAAAUGAAAAGAAAAAAUUAAUUGAUAGUGCAAACGGACAAAUACCUAUUCCUAAAUCACUCAUUGAAUUAAUGAAUGCUAUUGGAGCACGUCAAAGUAAUAUGGUACAACGUAGUCAACUUAUUCUUCAACAAAAAUUAUCGAUUUUCGACGACGCUCCGAUGGGGUUUUUCAAUAAUUGUACGUCGUCUUCUAAUCAACAAGCAAAAGAAUUCUUUGCAGAUGUAAACAAUCUUCUUCAUCGAUUAUAUACAACACCUUUAUCUUCGAAAUUAUUUACUCGUGCUCAAUAUGAAUAUCGACUUGUUAAAAGUACUCGACGUGAAAUUAGAAAGUCGAAAGUUGUUAUACGACCAACCGACAAAAGUAAAGUACUUUAUUUAGGUAGUGCAAACGAUUAUCAUCAAAAAGCAAUGCAAUACAUGCAGGAAACGAAUGCUUAUAGAGAGAUAACCAGUGGUAUCAAUCCAUGUUAUGAACAUUUACAAAAAGUAUUAGCAGUGAUAGAUCCAAUGUUGAAAAAUGGAGAGAUUAAUCUUAAAUUAUGGAAACAAUCUAUGCGACCACAUAUCAAUACGACUGAAUUAGCUUAUCUAUAUACGAUACCAAAGCCACACAAAAUUGGUACACCACCGAGACCAAUUGUUUCAUCGAUAAAAGCAGCAGCAACGGGUGUUUCACAUUUCUUAGAUCUUUUACUUCGUCCUGUCUUUGAUCGAAUAGCAAAAGAAACAACAUAUAUCAAUGGAAUUGAGUUUGUUCGACACAUGGAAAGCUAUCGAAAUAGUGGUCGACUAUUGCCAACAACAUUGUUUGUUACUUUUGAUGUAUCUAAUCUGUAUACGAUGAUACCUCGAGAUGGAGCUAUAUUAGCAUUACAGAAAUUCUUGGGUAAACAUGCAGAAAAUCGCCGAAUUCAUGGAAUGACAAUCGAUACCAUAACAAAAUUGGCUCGUUUAGUUUUAGAUACGAAUUCAUUUUUAUUUGAAAACAAAUACUAUCAACAAAUUCGUGGUGGAGCUAUGGGAUCGCCAUUUACAAUGACACUGGCGAAUAUCUACAUGUUAGAAUGGGAACAACCAUUAGUUGAAUAUCAAAACACACAUAAUCAACUCUACGGCCGUUAUAUUGAUGAUGUUUUCAUGACUACGAAUCUAUCAUUCGAUCAAAUCAAAUCUCAACUCGAUAUGGCUAAUAAUAGAGAUCAUAAUAUUAAAAUCAGUUAUUCAAUUGGUUCAACAGUAGAAUUUCUUGAUGUAUUAGUCGAAAAUAAAGUUGGCCAAUUACGAACUACUGUAUUUCAUAAACCAGCAGCUGAACCAUAUAUUCUACCAUUUACAUCUGAUCAUCCACGUCAUAUUCAUCGUAGUACUGUCAAAUCACAAUUAGUUCGAGCAACGCGUCUAUGUUCUCACGUCGAAGAUUUUGAUCAAGAACGAUUAAAUAUUGAAUUCACUCUACUCUUAAAUGGUUAUCCGCCAAACUUUAUUUCCUAUCAUUUUAAACAACUUUUCCAAAAAAACAACGUCAUGUCCUUAAUGGAACAAUUGGAUGAAGAUGUAUAUAGAGAAUUACAUCGACAAUCAUUAAUGCAACCAACACGUCGAGAAAAGCAAAAACAGAGUAUAGCUUUAGAUGAUCAUCCACAACAGAAUAAUAAUCCAAGAAACAUUCGUGUCUAUUUUACUUUCGAAAGUGGUCCAAUGUUAAAAUUCCCACAAGAAUUGAAAAAACUAUGGAAAAAGCAUUAUAUCGAUAAAAAUUCAACAAUGAAAAAUGUUAAUUUGAAGAUUGGCGCAAGAAGUAAUAAAAAUCUAAAUCAACUAUUCGUCAAGAAGAAACCACCAAAAGCAAUGUUAGCGCCUGUAAAUAAUGUAGCGACAUAGCGAAAAAACACUAUUUGACAAUAAACUAGACACUUAUGUCGAAUGUCCACCAAUCUGCUCCAAACACAAUUCAUUUCAUCUCAUAAUUCCUUUUUAGUUUUGUGUUACUUUGUUUUACUUUACAUUUAUUCAUCUACAAUAAAAACUCAUUCAACUUUCCUCUCAUUCUAGAUAAAAACAUAAUGUUCUAUUAAAUACUUAUACAGCAUCGUCGACACAAAAUUAAUCCUUCAAUAUAAAGGUGACUACAGCUGAACUGAACAUGUUUAACAAAUCACUAUCAACUACACACAACUUAUAAUAUACCAACAGAACCAUUCUUAAUCAACACCGUUCUUCAAUACCAACACAAUCAAAUGCAAUCGACCAAAACGAUUGUAAGUAAGACAUGCGCAAUAAACCACAGUUCAAAAAAAAUCAGAGCACCAAAUAAUUAAAAAAAAUCUAGACUUAGACAUAGACAUAAACUUAAGAUUAUCUCUACAAGAUCUAUGCUCUGAAAAUAUCGAAACACUUGCUUCAGAAAAUCAUAUUCUCUCACAAUUUACCUACAUAAUAAACAAAAAAACCGAUUAGUCACCUUUCCUAAAUUCCAACUACCAUUUAUAUGCAGUGUUCAUUCCUACCUGAAGAUUUGACCCUUGAAAAAGGUCGAAACUAUAGUCGU